CAAUGUUUGCGUUAUUCAAGCUGACUUUCUUGUUUCCGCUUUGUCCACUGCCGCUGGCCCUACAGAUGCAUUCUGAUUCAAUGAGGCCGGUCGAUGCUCAAUGUCUUUGUUGUAGCAUUUGCAGUUUUUUAACUAUCUAUUAACCGAACUGUCCAAGUCAAAAGAGUCCUAUACCUCAACCGUUUCCCCCACUACUCCCAUGUCCACCCCUCAAAUUCAAAGUAACCAACUCUCUGCAUCCCUUAUAAAAACAGAAGCCCAGGUCUUAAAAUAACUUAUUCACCGCAACAAUCUCUCUCUUUUGUGUUUUGUUCACUGCAAGAGCUUACCAAUUUACCAAUUAUGGUUCAUUUAUCCAUCAACUCUGUCAAUGUAAUGUUUUCCUUGCUCACCGUCUUCUCUUCUCUUCAUUAUCUCUCAGUUUCCCUUGAAUUCCAAGUCGGCGGCACCCAUGGGUGGGUUGCUCCUCCUGCCAAUGACAGAAAAGUUUACAAUGACUGGGCCUCCGAGAACAGGUUCCAACCUGGUGACAUUAUCCGUUUCAAGUACAAGAAGGAUUCAGUUAUGGAAGUGACAGAGGAGGAGUACAAAAACUGCAAUUCAACCCGCCCCAAGUUCUUCUCCAACACUGGGAACUCGGCCUUCAGGCUUGAUCAUUCGGGGACUUUUUACUUCAUCAGUGGAGUAUUCAAACACUGUGAAAAGGGACAGAAGAUGAUUGUAAAAGUCAUAGCUCAUGAAGACUCUCCUCCAAGUGACCACAGAUCUUCUGCAGUCCCGGCUUCUGGAGUUUGCAAACAAGCCAUUGUUCUUCACCUUGUUUACGUUUAUGUUGCUUCAUAUCUGUUCUAGUUAAUUCAUGAAGCUUGCUGCGUUUGUGACUUUUUCUCUUUCAAGGAUGUUAAUUAGUCUAGCAUAUAAUGUGCAUGUUUUUAUAUAUUUUUAUGAUGAAUGCAUUUCAAGACGUUCGUUGU